GUCUUUUAUCUUCUGUUCCACAGUCCCACCAAAAGUGGUGUAUUUUCUGGCGUAUCGUCAAAGGUGACAGGUUGGCUCGGAAAUGCAUCAAUGCCGUCAAUGCCCGCGAUGCCAUCCAUGCCAACGGUUUCAAUGCCAGCGAUGCCUGCAAUGCCUUCCAUGCCCUCAAUACCCGGACUCCGUAAGCAAAACCAGGACGAAAACGGUGGCAUCACGAAUGAGGGCCUAGCCACAUCGCCAGAGAAUACGAAUCAAGGUAUUGCAGGAGCGACGGAUGCAGCCGACGACGAAGACCGGUCCAGGUAUAUUAGACCACAGGAAAGUGCUACCGGAGGAGCUGAUUCUCGUCCUGCCACAGGCCCCGGAACGCCAACAGACGAAAAUGCCGGACAAAUUGGUCAAGUUACCCACAAAGUCACAGCUGGAGCCAAAUCGAUCGGGUCGUUCCUGUAUUCGUCGUUCAAUAAGGCUGGCGAUAAAAUUAAACACCUAAAGGAUAAUACUAUUCUCGGCGAGUUCAACAAAGAGCAGGAAGCAUUCAUUAAGAACCAGCAGGGAGGCGGCGGUCCAGGUGCUUGCCCAUGGUCCGGUCAUGCGAACGAAGCCAAAAUCAAAGAAGAAAUCCUCAGUCUGUCAGCGGAUCGUCGAAACUUUGUGCGAGCACCACCAGCCGGGGUUGAAUUUGAAUUCGAUUAUGAUGUCUCUUAUCCCAUUGCGUUAGCCAUCAUGAAUGAAGACAAAGAGCUAGAGAAAAUGCGAUUUGAGCUAGUACCUAAAAUCAUCACGGAAGAGAACUUCUGGCGCAACUACUUCUACCGCGUUUCCCUGAUAUGUCAAGCAGGAGAUCUGGGUACGCUAGGUGACAAAAACGAGUUUGUCAGGCGAGGAGUCAGUGAAGAUACAGAGGAACCACCAAUAAGUCGCGAAACAGCGAAAGAAUCGACUGUUUUGAGCAGUAGCGAAAAUGCUGACAAGACUGUGCCACCGGCAGCGAAUGAAACAGAGUUUGUAUCGGAAUCUUUCAAAGCUAGUCAAGAAGCUCUUGAAGAAGUAAGAGCGGAUAUGAAAAAGCUCGGAAUUGAUACUCUUGUCAAGCAGGCUAGCGAAAGCAUUGGCAAUGCUACCGAGAAAAGUGAAGAGCAAUGGGAAAAGGAUUUGGAGGCGGAGUUGCAGGAUUACGAAGUGGUUAACGAUGGAAAUGAUCGCACCAACUGGGAGAAAGACGUCGACGAGCUGCUGGACGACGAAACUGAUUUGAAAUAAAAUGAAUGUUUCAAUCAGUUGCUUUGUAACGUGAUGAACUGCAAUGUAAAUAGGUGAAUAAGGUCUGGUAGUUAAUAUUGUUCAGUGCACAGACAGACAGACGCAUCGCUCAGAAUAUCAGUGGCAUUAUGCAACUCAAACGCUGUGAGAAACAUACAUACAAAUUCGCAAUUUUUGUGUGGUACUCUCGUUUUCUAUUGAGAUGCGUAUAACUACACCUGUAUAAAACCACACAAUGCUACAGUGUUCAUAGACAAACAAACGUAACAAUUGAAUAAUUUUCGUCAUAUUUGUGUUGAAUCGGUAACUGUUCUAAACGUUGCGUCUGUUUGUCAGCAAAAAUGAUAUGAACGAUCUGAUGGUCCACUUACCUAUACUUAUUGAAAAUCCCGUUCAAAAACACGUGAAUAGUGGGAUAUCAGUAGAGUUGGGUGUCUGUUUGUCAGUGUUUAGAAUAGCUGAGAGGUUUGCUGUAGAUAAUUUUUCGGUUUGACAUUCGUGCGAAAUGAUUCAAAUGUUUAUUUAUUAUUCUAAAAAAUAACCUCAAUCUUUCCAUUUUGGUUUACAAGUUAUUGAUAAAACUGAUUUCGGUUGAAUUAAUUGUAUUAUCUGUAAUUUGACUGCCUAUGUCAGUCAGUCGUGACUAGUGUUGAUUUCUUUUCUGGAAAUGUACUUUUAUCUGUGCAUGCUCAUGAAAUACUGCUCCGGAAGACAUCGUUUUACAAAGUAAUUGAUCCACAAGAAGCAAGAAAUCAGGUCUAAACAAAAAAUAUCGAACUUUCAUCUGGUACUCAAUACUCAUGAGACUGUGAUGGAAGCAACCAAGUUAAAUAUGCCGACAUUCAUCUUUCAUUGUUCUUUUGCAUAAAACACGUACUUUUUUUUUCUCACGAAUUGUUCUUUUAAAAUCUUCUAGGAUGUACGUACGUACAACUGUCCAGCAGCCAUUAUUCGAAUCGAUUGUUAAACAAUACUUCUUCCAAAAUAGCUUUCAAUAAGUAUUCAGAGUUUUCUCACUUGGUUCUACAGUUAUAUUGCUGAAAAAAGACUUAGCAACUUAAUAAUAGUAAAAUGUUGAACGGUACUCAUAUUGGUGAACAUUCUCCUCUCGGCGAGGAAAAGAACAUUUUACCUAAUCUAUCAUUGUUCAUGUAUUGACACACCGAGUCCUUUAACGUGACAUGGAAACUAUUGAAAUUAAUCUAUUGUACUGUAAAAUAGUAAUCCCACUACACGAUAUAAGUUCAUAAAUUCAGAAACCGAUGUUUAGCUAUGGUCAAAUUGCUGUGAAAUAUAAAUAACCUAACUAAAAGACCUGACCCGUGAAACUCUUGAUCAUUUUUCAAACACUUCAGUAAAAAUUUUCGUUUCCGUUCGUUAUUCAAACGUUAUGACAUUUUUUAACAUGUUUUAAUCAAACCAUGGCUUUCAAUAUGAACAUGUUGAAACAAAUAUGACGAUACUUCAAUCCACUCUACAAAAUUACACUGAUCAUACGACACUUCUUCCAGAAAAUCUCUGAAGCUAAAUUAAAUAUAACGUUUAUAAGAGUCUAAGGCACUUGAACGAACUUGAGAACUUAACGACACUAAUAUCAAACACAGAGAAAAGAAGAAUAAAAACAUUUCAUCGCACAGAUUUAGAGAAAGCAAAAGACAAACAGAAUUGCAUAAACAAACAAAAGGUUAGACUAGUCGUUUCUUUUUUUCAACAGCAUUUCUUGUUCACUGUACAGAAAAUUGAAAAACUUGAAGGCGAUUCGGCGCCAUGGUGCGCCGUAUGCUAUAAAUAUGAAACCAAAGUAAUUCCACACAACUCAAACUGCUAGCAACAUCUCACUAUUUCAAUAUACAGUGACUCUUGUUUCAUCGAGCCGGAAGGAGCUGCUGCUGUUUUUAGAUAUUCAACAACAACAACAACAAUUGUUUCCUUCUUUUUGUUUUUCGUUGAUCUUUACUAUCUAAACUCGUGAAUCCGACGAAAUUAUGGAUGCAUUGUAUUCUGUAUUUAUUGACAACUGGAAAUAAGAUUGUUUAAUAUAUUGAACUAAUAUAAAAUAUACAUAUUACGAUAUACUACCGAAUAUAAAGCAUUAAUAUGUGUAAGAAAUCAGUAAUAACAGUAAAUAAAAAAACAGAGGGAUAUUGUGAACAUUCAAUGAA